UCAACAGUGUCAUGAAUGACAGGAGACAAGCAGUGACGUGUAAACAUUUGAGUUGGAAAAAAGCCGUGUUUUCAGAAUGAGUGCGUUUAAAAGAGACAAAAAAGAGGAAGAAGAUGGGGGCGGCAACCCCUUUCAGAACAUCGAAAAAACCACGGUCCUGCAGGAGGCACGGGUCUUCAACGACACCACAAUUAAUAACCGAAAAUGUACACACAUUCUGACGAAGCUGCUUUACCUAUUAAACCAAGGUGAACAGCUGGGGACUAAAGAAGCCACUGACGUCUUCUUCUCAAUGACCAAGUUAUUUCAGUCAAAAGACGUAAUUCUACGCAGAAUGGUGUACUUAGGAAUUAAAGAACUAAGUUCUAUUGCUGAUGAUGUCAUCAUUGUCACUUCUAGUCUUACUAAAGACAUGACUGGAAAAGAAGACUUGUACAGGGCGGCAGCAAUACGAGCUCUUUGUAGCAUUACAGACGCCACCAUGCUCCAAUCAAUCGAACGUUACAUGAAACAAGCAAUAGUAGAUCGAAAUUCCGCUGUCAGUUCAGCAGCCCUCGUCAGUUCUUUACACAUGACCAAACUGGCACCAGAAGUCGUCAAACGGUGGGUGAAUGAAGCCCAAGAAGCCGUCAACAGUGACAACAUAAUGGUCCAAUACCACGCCCUCGGCCUCCUCUACCACAUCCGCAAGACCGACCGCCUCGCCGUGACCAAGCUCGUGGCCAAACUGACCCGGAUGUCCCUGAAGUCCCCCUACGCCGUCUGCAUGCUCAUCCGCAUCACCGCCAAGCUCCUAGAAGAAGAGGACUCCGGCAAUGACUCCCCCUUGUUCGAGUUCAUCGAGUCUUGUCUGCGCCACAAGUCCGAAAUGGUCGUCUACGAGGCGGCUCACGCCAUCGUCAACCUGAAGCGCACCACCAGUCGAGAGCUAGCCCCCGCUAUCAGCGUGCUCCAGCUCUUCUGCGGCUCCCCCAAGCCCACUCUGCGCUUCGCCGCCGUGCGAACUCUGAACCAGGUGGCGAUUUCGCACCCAGCGGCCGUCACGGCUUGCAAUCUAGACCUGGAGAACUUAAUUACAGAUGCGAAUCGCUCAAUAGCCACUUUGGCUAUCACCACGUUGCUGAAAACGGGAGCGGAGUCGUCGGUGGAUCGCCUGAUGAAACAAAUCGCGAGUUUUGUCUCAGAGAUCAGCGACGAGUUCAAGGUGGUGGUGGUACAAGCCAUCAGGGCUUUGGCGUUGAAGUUCCCUCGCAAGCACAGCGUUUUGAUGAAUUUCUUGUCGGCGAUGCUGCGGGACGAAGGAGGUUUGGAGUACAAAGCGUCGAUCGCUGACACAAUCAUUACCAUAAUUGAGGAUAAUCCAGAGGCGAAGGAGGCCGGAUUGGCUCACCUGUGCGAGUUUAUCGAGGAUUGUGAGCACACGUCGUUGGCUGUCAGGAUUUUACACCUGCUGGGGAAGGAGGGACCGAGGACCAAGCAGCCGUCAAGGUGCAUCCGCUUCAUCUACAACCGCGUCAUCCUCGAGAACCCCACAGUCCGCGCCGCCGCCGUCUCCGCCAUGGCCCAAUUCGGCGCCACUUGCCCCGACCUCCUCGAAAACAUCCAAGUCCUCCUCGCCCGCUGCCAGAUGGACUCCGACGACGAAGUCCGCGACCGCGCCACCUACUACAGCAGUAUUCUAGGCCAGCAAGACAAGAGCCUCUACAACAACUACAUCCUCGAAACCUUGCAAGUGUCCAUCCCUUCCCUGGAACGCUCCCUCAAAGAGUACACCCAAAGCCCCUCCGACCAGCCCUUCGACAUCAAAACGGUCCCCAUCGCCACCAUUCCCACGCGCGAGGAAACCGAGCUCGAGAAGCACAAAGCCGAAGGAAUGAUCAUCUCCAACGGACCCGCGAAACCGGCCGUGGUCUCCAGGGAGGAGAACUUCGCCGAGAAGCUGAGUGCCAUCCCGGGAAUCGCCGAAUUGGGACCACUGUUCAAGAGCUCGGACGUGGUGGAGUUGACGGAGUCGGAAACGGAGUACUUCGUCAGGUGUAUCAAGCACUGUUUUACGAACCACGUGGUGCUGCAGUUCGACUGUUUGAAUACUUUGAGCGACCAGCUGCUGGAAGAGGUGAGGGUGCAGUUGGAUCCGAGCGAGGGGUAUUCGGUUUUGAAGGAGAUUCCGUGCCCCAAGUUGCCGUAUAAUGAGACGGGGACGACGUAUGUGGUGCUCAGGUUUCCGGAGAAUGAUCUACCGAAUAGUGUGGGCACGUUUGGGGCCGUGCUGAAGUUCAUCGUCAAGGAUUGCGACCCUAACACGGGGCUGCCGGACACCGAUGAAGGUUACGACGACGAAUACAUGUUAGAAGAUUUGGAAAUAACUUUGGGAGACCAAAUUCAGAAAAUAAAUAAAGCCAACUGGGCGGCGGCGUGGGAUGAAGCGGCGCCACUUUGUGUGGAAAUGGAAGAUACUUAUUCUCUGAGUUCGAUGAGCACAUUGGAGGAAGCUGUCAAAAAUAUUAUCCAGUUCUUAGGGUUGCAACCGGCCGAACGGUCAGACAAAGUCCCGGAAGGAAAAACCACUCAUACACUCCUUUUAGCUGGAAUGUUUAGAGGCGGCAUUGAUAUACUUGUAAGAGCCAAACUAGCCCUAGCUGAUGGAGUUACGAUGCAACUUACCGUUCGAUCGACAGAUGGCGACGUUGCAGAACUUAUAACGUCAACAGUAGGUUAGAAACUUAGAAAUUCAGAAGUUUAUUAUUUACUAUUAAAUAAAUAUACAAAAUUAGUCUUAUCUUA